AUGGUUCGCUUUACCCUUACACCCAUUCUGGCUGCUGCCGACGCAGAUCAAAUGAUUAAGAUGGGUCUCGCUACCGCCGCUGAUGAACAUGGCAACCGGCUACUCCACAAAGUCCACUCUCAACCAGGGGCUAAAUGGGACGGGUAUGCUCGGAAGGAUAGGCCUUAUGUCGAGAACUAUCCCCAAUCCUUCGCCACUAUUCCAGACCAGAUGUUCUCCGAGGCCGCUAUCUACUACUUUGGUUUUACUGCGGAGAAAACGGCAGAGAUCUGGGCAGAUUUUGUGCACAGGUACAGAUUGAUCAAGAAGGUGAAACCGACAAUCCCACUGGCGUUCAUACGUACUUGUGUGUCGGUAUCCCUUGAUCGCAAGAUCGAUGUCGAUAGCGACAAAGAUGAUGCUACAUUGAGACGCGUCAUGACUCUCUGGGGAGUAUCAAACACUGUUCAAGAUGUCAUCUUAGAUCCCGCGCACAGACACCUUCGGACUAAGAAAAGCUGUUCUCAGGUGGUCAUGGAUGUGGUCGAUACUCGAUACAAUAUGCUAUGCACCAUCCGGAAAAAAUCUCAUUCUCGGGCGAGGUUUUGCCCUUGGCUUACUUCUCGGGAUACUGCACGUUCUACUUCUCAACAGGACUGA